CCGGGCCGCUCUAGCCGGGAAGCCCCUGCCGCUGGAGGAGGCCAAGGCGCGCGUGGGGUGGGCCUGGGGCGGCCUGGCUGCCGGAGGAGGAGGAGGAGGAGGGAGCAGCGGGCGGAGGCUCCCGUCGCCCCUGCCUGGCCCAGGCCUGUGUCCCGGGGCGGCGGGGGCAGCAUGGCCGCCAGCCUCUGGAUGGGAGACCUGGAACCAUAUAUGGAUGAGAACUUCAUUUCAAGAGCCUUUGCCACUAUGGGAGAGCUAGUUCUGAGUGUGAAAAUCAUUCGAAACAGAUUGACAGGGAUUCCAGCAGGCUACUGCUUUGUAGAAUUUGCUGAUCUGGCAACUGCAGAAAAAUGUUUACACAAAAUCAAUGGGAAACCCCUUCCUGGUGCCACACCGACAAAGCGAUUUAAAUUAAAUUAUGCCACAUAUGGAAAGCAGCCUGAUAACAGCCCAGAAUAUUCAUUGUUUGUUGGAGACCUUUCCCCCGAUGUGGAUGAUGGGAUGAUAUACGAAUUCUUUGUAAAAGUGUACCCUUCAUGUAGGGGUGGCAAAGUGGUUGUGGACCAGACGGGUGUUUCCAAAGGCUAUGGUUUUGUGAAAUUCUCAGAUGAAUUGGAACAGAAAAGAGCACUAGUAGAAUGUCAAGGAGCUGUUGGUCUUGGUUCUAAACCGAUACGUUUGAGCGUUGCCAUACCCAAGGCCAACCGGCUGAAGACAGUUGAGUACAAUCAGAUGUACAAUUAUAACUACAGCCAAUACUACCAACAGUAUCAAAACUACUAUGCCCAUUGGGGUUAUGACCAGAACACAGGUAGCUACAGUUACAGCUAUCCACAGUAUGGCUACACGCAAAGUACCAUGCAGACAUAUGAAGAGGUUGGUGAAGAUGCACUAGAAGGCUUCCUUUUAUUUUCAGACCCAAUGCCCCAAAUGGAUGUGGGUGAAGCAAACAAACAGUUUAUGGAACAGAGUGAAGAACUCUAUGAUGCCUUGAUAGAAUGUCAUUGGCAGCCUUUGGACAGUGUCUCCUCAGAGAUUCAAGCCAUGAUCACUAAUGCCUGAUCACUAAUGUGCUGUCUCCAAACAACAUACCAGCGUGCCCUGGACUCCUGUCAAGCACAUGGAACCCGCAGCUGCAUAAGGGAUGUACCUCCCCUUUCUUCUGGAUCACUAACUCAAGAACAAAGAGGAGGGCUUGUGACAUUUCCUAUGUGCACUGGAGCAUCUAGAUCACCUUUAUCCAGAAUCCAGACACUCAGUUUUCCUCUUCCCCAUGUUUUGACCUUAAAACAGACUUGUUGAUCCUUGUCAAGGAAUUGUAAUUUAUAAACCUAAACAAGGUGUAAUGGGGGAAAUUUUACUUCAAUGUACAUACAAUAAAAAUAUCUUUUACAGAGGAA